GACCGAAAGCAGUGCCGGGAGAUUUCGCUGGCAGAAAAUGGCGGCAAGGAAUUCGAAAUAAUUAUAUCAACUUAAAAAUAUGCCUUGCAACUAUCUGAAGAUGUAACAAAAAUAUCUUCAAGUGAGGGUGGAAGCCGUUGAGCUAACUCUUAAGUGAUUAUGGGUGAAAAAAUCCAGCUUGCUUCGGCGGGGAAUGAUAUAAAGAUAUGGGAACUACCGGGUUUGCACGCUUUGACUUCGCUGACUCCACACUCUCAGCCAGUCACUUCCAUAUGCUGGAGCGGAAAUAAUCAAAGCCUUGCAAGUGUCAGUUCUGAUAAAGUGGUGCUCACAUAUUUGAAGGGAGGAAUCAACCGUUCUACUGACUUUGUUGUUGGGGAUGGUCACACAUGUGCUGCCUUCAACUCUACUUCACGCUACUUGCUGCUUGGAGGCAAGACCAAAACUCUCACUGCAUGGGAUGUGCGAUCAAAGAGCGUCAAGAAGACUUACAAAGAUCACAAGGAUACAGUCUCCUGUCUGCAGUUCAACUGGAAUGAUACCAGCAUUGCAUCAGGGUCCGUUGACGGCAACAUCCUGCUGCACAAUGUUGUGACAGCGCAAGUUAGCCAGCCUUUAAGACAACCUAAAACACAGGCAAUAAGGGGAUUACAAUUUUCACAUUUCAAGAAAGCACUACUUGCAUCAGUGAGUGACGAUGGUGCGUCUAACCUGUGGGACACAAAUUCGCGUAAGCUGGUGACGUCGUUCGUGAAUGAGCACAAGGCUCCAGCUACUGCUCUUGCAUUCUCCCCUGCCAAUGAAAUGCUGCUGACAAGUGUUGGUUUGGAUAAGAAAAUUGUUUUUUACGACGUCCAAGGAAAAAAGCCAGUGAAAGUCAUUACAGCAGAUGGUCCACUUACAGCUGUUGACUUUUUAGAUGAUGGUGUCACUCUUGUUGUCGGCACAACUCGUGGCAAAGUUUGUGUUUAUGACCUUCGCAGUGGGUCAUCACCUAUCAACACUCAGGCCGCUCACAUGUCCUCCGUACAAUGUCUGCGAUUCCAGAACAGUUCCUCUAAGAGCGAUUCUAUGCUAACAAAUAAAACAACCAAGUCAGCAACAAAUAUUAACCCUAUUAACACUAGCAAUCAGCCAGGGCGGACCACAACUGCUCCACAACCCACCCCUAAGAGUUCAGCAUCUGUGCCAAACCCUGCCACUCAAAGUAUGGUGUCACAUACUAAUGGUAUUCGUGGGGAUGAUGUGGAGGUCUUUUCACCCAUAAGGGAAGCCAAAUCUUUAACCACUAGUUCAAUCCGAGUUGACGAUACCCAUACGACUGAAAAAGACCUGAAAAUGAAUGGAAACACUAUCGCUCCAGACAGCUCCGGUAUCUUUUCACCCCUGGCCAGCAGCACUAGCGCAUCGGACUCGCGCCAUCGCCCAGUAGGCGGCCCAGCCUACUCUCCCACGGAGAGAGCCUAUCCUAUCACGGACCGCGCCUACUCACCUACGGGCCAGCCCUAUCCCAAGACAGACCGGCAGCCAGUCGAUGAACACAAACCACAGCAGCCAGAACCAACAAGUCGUCCUGUCCCAAGUACGAACAACAACCAAGACGCUCUCUCUUCUCGAAACAGGCCCCCCUCGGAAUCCUCUUCUGCUAGUGGCAGGCUCUUGGAGGAGACAAGUAACACGGAUGUGCAGGGCACGAGACCACCACCCGAUUCGAAUCAGGUCAGCAGAGUCACGCUUCAGGGGAGCUCAAGUGACUCCAGCAACCACUCGUGGAAGUUUGCAGACGGACCUACCCAGUCAUCGAUGUCUCCAAAAAUCUCGCCCCAGGUCCCUCGCAAAGUGUCUGGUACCAGUUCGGUAGAAGUUAGAGAACCAGGUGUUUUAGAUGGCCCCGAUAUUCUGCGCACCAAUCUUUCUCAGCCAACCAGCACCCUAGCUAACGGACCGACAAACACCAGUCCCCCACAGAUGGUAACGCAACAGGCCAGCGGUGGAUUGCAGCCAUUCCAAGUCGAGUUUAUAAAAAACAUGAUCGAUGACUCAAUGGAUGAGUUUAGGGUGGCGAUGCACAAAGACGUAGUCAAUCUUCAAGUAGAGAUGUUACGACAGUUCCACAUACAGCAGAUGGAGCUUCGUAAGAUGAUUGAGCAGUACUCGGUGAACGAGGCGCUUGUCGCAGAAAUCGAGAGACUUCGAGAGGAAAACAAGCGACUGAAAACCAAGUACUAGAAUUUCUUUGAAAAAUCUAACAAAUCAGAACGCUUCAUUACAGAUUACCAGAUGAGGAAGCAAGUGCAGCGUGCGCAUGUUUGCUUCUGUCAGCUCACAUUUCAGCGCUGACAGGAAAUGCAGCGUUAAACCAAUCUUGGCAUAAAGGGUUCGGGUAACAAAGAAUUAAUGAAAGAAAUCCUACAAGGGAUACUAAUACACUGUACAGUAAGAUUGGCUUCGGCAGACGUUUUUGUAUAAAUGUUUGAUGAAGACUAAGAACUUUGAGUCCCUGAGAUCCCAUAGAAACAUAAUCCCAGCAACAUGCCACGGUAUUUAUAGUAUUUAUCAUCAACCUAAAUUUGAGAUGGUAAUGAAACAGGCGUUUUGUUAUGAAUGUAAAAAAGUGGCUUGCCAGUAUCCGGUUGAGAGGUCUUGCUAUGCCAAUAUUUUAAAUAAUAAGCAAUACCGGUUUUGUACCCAGAGAACUCGUUUCUUGUGACUUUUGUAAGUUUUUCAUUGGUCCUGUGAGUAGUUGUAUUUUUUCAAUAGCAGUUGCAGUUUGAUAAAUUAUACAAAUAAACUAUAUAGAAAACCAUG